UUGCUUUUUGCCAGAGAACAGAGGCUCUCGGCUGGAGAAGCCUCUGCCACUCCCAACCGAUCCGUUCUCUUUAUUAAAAUUACACCCCAACAACUCUAAAAAAAAGCCCUCCAGCCCUUCCAUUUGAAGAUGCAGAAGUACUAUUGAGACUAAACGAUUCUAAGAAGUCCUUUUUCCCGACUUUAAGGGUUUUGGAAGAAACUUUGAUGAACUUGUUUUUCAGGAAACUAAGUGUGAGGCAGACUUCCUGAGAUGUUCCGACCAGGCUUUUUCGCUGUUCUUCUUUGUAUGGUGCCGAUUUCUCUUCAGGCUCAAGAUGAAGUUGACUUCUUGGAUUAUAGGCCUACCACCUGUGUAGGUAAAACAGAUUGUCCCAUCAAUGUGUACUUUGUCAUCGACACCUCAGAGAGCAUUGCCCUGCAGACUGUGCCCAUCCAGAGCUUGGUGGAUCACGCGAAGGAGUUCAUUACUGAAUUCAUCAGUCAGCUUGAGAAUGAGGUCUACCUGGGCCAGGUGUCCAUCACUUGGCAGUUUGGGGGUCUCCACUACUCAGAUGUGGUGAAAAUCUACAGCCCCUUAACCAGCAGCAAGGACACAUAUAUCAACAAGCUGAAAAGCAUUAGCUAUAUUGGCAGGGGCACCUUCACGGACUGUGCCAUCUCCAACAUGACAGACCAGCUCAAGAAUCGCGUGCCCCGCAGUGCCAACUUUGCCGUGGUCAUUACAGAUGGCCAUAUCACUGGGAACCCCUGUAGAGGCAUGAAGAUGCAAGCUGAUUCAGCACGGCUUGAAGGGAUCAAGAUUUUUGCUGUGGCCCCCAGCCAACAAAUCUUUGAGCCGGGACUCCGAGAGAUCGCCAACGUACCCUAUGAGCUGUACCGCAAUAACUAUGCCACUACAAAGAAAGAUGCCCUGGCAGUUGAUGAUGAAACCAUUAAAAGGAUAAUCAAAAUCAUGAAACAUGAUGCCUAUACAGAGUGCUAUGAGUUGCGCUGCCUGGAGAUUCAAGGCCCUGCUGGUCCCAAAGGGUAUCGGGGACAGAAGGGUGCCAAGGGGAACAUGGGUGAACCAGGUGUGCCUGGUCUCAAAGGACGACAGGGAGACCCUGGUAUUGAAGGUCCCAUUGGAUACCCUGGCCCCAAGGGUGUUACUGGUAUGAAAGGAGAAAAGGGUGAGAUUGGAGCUGAUGGCCGAAGGGGAGCCUUGGGUUUGUCAGGGCGGAACGGCACAAGUGGACAGAAGGGCAAGCUGGGACGAAUUGGACCUCCAGGUUGUAAAGGAGACUCAGGCGACAAGGGUCCUGAUGGUUACCCAGGAGCGGCAGGAAACCCAGGAGAGAGAGGGGAUGAAGGUACAAAGGGAGAUCCAGGCCGCCCUGGCCUAAAUGGGCCCCCGGGAGCCAUUGGAGAGAAAGGAAACAGGGGACCUAAAGGCAACACUGGAAGCCCUGGAUCCCCUGGCAUCAAGGGAGGCAAAGGCAGCCCAGGACCUUCAGGACCUAAUGGAGAACCUGGUCGUCGUGGUGAUCCAGGAGCAAAGGGCACCCCGGGAAGCCCUGGAAUCAAGGGAGAGAGGGGGGACCCAGGCCCUGAGGGCACCAGAGGCUUGCCAGGAGAAAUUGGAAACAAAGGAGCCAAGGGGGAUCGAGGACUGCCAGGGGCGCGGGGCUCUCCAGGUGCUGUGGGAGAGCCAGGCAAGCCUGGAUCGCGUGGAGAUCCAGGUGACUUGGGCCCAAGGGGUGACUCUGGCCCAUCAGGACCCAAGGGAGACAGAGGCAGACCUGGCUCCGGCAAACCUGGCUACCCAGGACUGCGGGGUGACAAAGGCGAGAAGGGCUUACCUGGCCCAGAGGGUGGAAGAGGCGACUUUGGCCCAAAAGGCUCUCCAGGCACUAAAGGAGAGAAAGGGGAGAUUGGUGACCCUGGCCCCAGAGGCGAGCCUGGACCCAGAGGCCUACCUGGUGAACAAGGCCCUGAGGGUGACCCUGGCCCAGCAGGACCUCCUGGCCUGACGGAAUGUGACGUGAUGACCUACGUGAGGGAAACCUGUGGCUGCUGCGACUGUGAGAAGCGCUGUGGUGCCCUGGACAUCUUGUUCGUCAUAGACAGCUCUGAGAGCAUCGGCUACACCAACUUCACUCUAGAGAAGAACUUUGUCAUCAACGUGGUCAGCAGGCUGGGCUCCAUUGCCAAGGACCCCAAGUCCCAGACAGGAGCCCGUGUUGGGGUGGUACAGUACAGCCACGAGGGGACAUUUGAAGCCAUCCAAUUUGAUGAUGAGCGCAUAGACUCACUGUCCAGCUUCAAAGAGGCGGUGAAGCGGCUGGAGUGGAUUGCUGGGGGCACAUGGACACCCUCUGCCCUGCAAUUUGCCUACAACAAGCUCAUCAAGGAAAGCCAGCGAGAGAAAGCUCGGGUAUUUGCGGUGGUGAUAACUGAUGGGCGGUUUGACCCACGGGAUGAUGACAAGAACCUGAACGCCCUCUGUCAGGACAACGUCUUUGUCAAUACCAUCGGCAUUGGAGACAUGUUCUACCAGCCAGAACAGAGUGAGACCCUGGUCUCCAUUGCGUGCAACGAGCCACAGAGAGUGCAGAAAAUGAGACUCUUCUCAGACCUGGUGGCUGAGGAGUUCAUUGACAAAAUGGAGGAUGUGCUCUGCCCAGAUCCACAGAUUGUCUGUCCAGACCUGCCCUGCCAAACAGAUGGCAGGAACCCUGGGAACGAACCCCCAGUAAUUUUCCGCCCCAUGGAAGAGGGGGUCAAGAUAAAUUUCCCCAGCACCAUACAAACGAUCGCCCAGUUCCUAAACUCCACGCGGGAAAUCCAGGACCCCAACAUGUACACCCAGCUGGUGGCCACUUUGGCCUAUACCGCCGAAAAAGCCAAGUUUGCCACUGGACAUGAUCGGCAGGAGUGGAUGGACCUAUUCAUUGACACUUUUAAAAUGGUGCACAGCGAGAUUGUGGGAGAUCCAGAAACGGUGCUAGGGCUUUGCUGAGAUGUCUGCUAUAGAGGAUCUCACCUGGAUGAAAAUUGUGGCCGAGUCGGGGUGGAGGGGGGAGAGCUGGUAGCUGUUGGGAAAACAUUUUUACCUGUAAACCACUUUCCCCGAGUCCCUGUUUGUGCAGACAGAUACGCAGGCAGGCGCUUUUAGUUUGGAAAAGCCCAGAAAAAUCUCAGUUGCUCUCAGCUACUGACUUGAGAUAAAGGGUGUCUUCAGCUUAGCUGGCAGCCCAGCAUGGCAGCACUUUCCAUAGAAUAGGAGAUAAGCUUGCUUUUUCUGCUAUGGUUUUUGUAAAAAAAAAAAAAAAAAAAAAAAAGAUCUGCUGACUGCUAACAGAAGAGCUGAUCUGUCCUGUCCCCAGGCAAUGGAUGCAGACAGAUUCUGGCCUUCUGAAUAUUCCCACACUAGCAAGAGUGAUUAGAGCUCCAACCAGAUCCCAUAAUGGACCGUGCUCAGCCCUCAGUCAUACCUGGCCAGCAUGGCUGAGCUAGUAGGCUUAUCAGCAUAGGUAUAACUGAGGGCAGGCGUGAAUCUUUUCCUUGAAAUGUGCACAAUGUGUGUUUUAAGUGUUUUUCUAUUUAGCUUUCAUUCUGAUGUCUUCUGUGUUCUCUUUUCCUGUUCAACAACAAGGGCUUUCCUAGGAUUGCACAAAGUCUUAGCAAGGCCAAGAUGACAAAACAAGCAACCCCUCCUGUUAUCAUUACAAUGUUUGAACAACAGCCUAAUCACAGUGCAGCCUGUGGUAUUAAGAAUAGUAUGUUGGUGUGAGCCAUUAGGGAUGGCCAUCAUCAUCUUUCUCCAGGUGUGCUGAUUAAGGAUUGCCCUUGUUAGAACAUGCAUAGUAUGUUCUGUGUCUGAUUGUACGCUAAUGUGUGUACGUGUAUUACAGUUCUCUUGUUUUUCCUCACUGUCCUGCAUAGUAACAUAUGUAUAGACAUAUCCAGGGAAAAAUGCAAUAUAUAGGACCUGGAAGCAAAAGCUAGAAUGCACUAACUGCACAGUUAAAUAUGUAUGGUAUGUUAUUAUAAUGCUUACAGCUACAUGUUUAAACUCAGUGUAGGUUUGUGCAUGGAAAGUUCAAAACCGACGCUAUGCUGGAUUCAGAGAGAUAAUAGCCAUUGUUGCUAUAAUAUACAGUUUAAAACACAGAGGAUGAUUUUCAAAGGCAUAUGUCCUAUUCACUUUCUCCAAGAGAGAGGUACCUAGCUAAUGGCUAUUGUGCCUUUAAAAUUCAUCCCCUCACCCUCACCUGCAGAAGAGGAGGGCAUAAUUUACUUUGUGCCAGUAAGUGAGCUCUGUGAGACCUCUAACUUUGAUGUAGUUUUAUUAUAAUUACUUCAACUUUCCCAGGCAUAUUUAUUUAACUAAUGUGCAAAAUGGCAAAGCCAGGUGCUUGACUUAGUCCUUUAAUUAUAUGUUAGUGUUUGAGCUAAAAUGAUAUCUGUUUUAAAGCAGUUAAAGAUAGUAUAGUUACCUGGUCAUAGCCAGGAGUGAGAAACAGUAAACUGGAAUUAGGAACUGGAAAACCUGAAAAACUUGGCUUGACCGCAUCUAGGAUCUACAGAACUAGACUGGAAAGUGCCUCUCAAGAGGCCUUCUCAGGAGGUGACUAGGCCUUUCUUUGGCUUUUGGUCAGGUCAGAAAAACUGCACCAAAAUAGACUUUCUUCCAGCAGUUCAACACUUUUUGCUCCCAACCUGUCCCCUGCAGGGCAGUUCAGAGACUCUUGCCACUGCAACAUAAUGAGAAAAGCGGUUAACAGCAUUUCUUCAAGCUUCAUAAUUGUUGCAUUUAACUUUCAGGCAAAGGUUUAGAAUGAGGCUCUGCCUGUUUUUGACCCCAGCUGCCUAGUUCUACCUCUUAUCUAUGUAAGCGGGAUCAUCUGCAGUCAAACCCAACUCUCACCCCCAACACCUUUUUGGCAUGUGACUUUAGCCUGAUAAAUUCUGAACAGCUAAGUUGCUUUGACCCUGAUCCAACAAAGCAGCACUUGAGCAUUUGACUGACUUAAAGCAUGCAAUUUAUUCUGUUGGUUUCAGUGGGACUCCUCAAGGGUCCAAGAUGCUUUGUUGAACCAGGUCCUAGGUCAGUAGAAUUUGAUUUGUUUUUUGGAAAGGCAAGUAUAUUUGUCUUCUCAGCUAUAGACAUUUAUUUCAUAGUCACCAAGAAACCAAGCACAAAGACUUGAAACAAAUGAGCAUAAAUCUGAAAGAAUAAUCCAACAUGUAUCAGCAGCAUAACCCAGAGAAAAUGUCCCCUUGCCCUGAGCUGCAGCCCAGCUUAGUGCUCUUGUUCUUUUUCUUUUAAGUAAGAACAUAAAAGUAAUAAUACGAUCCUGGUAUGUCCCUAACAGCCAGAAGCCAGAGUCCAAUAUAUUCACUGAGAGGGAGGAUUUGGGGUUUUGUGAAGGUAGGCAAUUGCUGGGCUCACCCCACCUCACCCCCCCCCCCCCAGGAAAUGUAAAAGGGACACACGUAACCUUAGUGGCUAGAGCUUUUCAUGUAAGGCGACAGAGCCAAAAGAACUGAAAAGACUUACAACCCCCCCCCCCCCCAAAAAAAAACAACAAAAAACAAAACACCCCAAAAAUCAAAAGAACAAAGGUUGGUUCCAGCACAUAGAAUGAUCCCCCCUGUCUGAAGGAGCAGGGUUAUUAGAGGCAAGAUACUGAUGGUGCUUCCGCUGUUCAUCUCUUUAUACAUGCUCUCCCUCAGCCCUGCAUCAGAUGCUGCCCAGUACCUAGAAUGUGGUGCGGUGUACUGCAGACACGCACGCCUCCCUCUAUAAGCUGUAUGACAAGGACCCAUACUCCCAUUAAAGCAUGAUGUGAAGUGACUGGC